CCUCGCUGGAGACCUCACCAAUGGAACUUGAACGGCAACGAGCCCUAAACGAACAUCACAUCAAAUUCUCCAGGUGGUGGAUAGGCAUCCCUCUUAAAUCUUCCACUUCUGUGUUGCAGCAAGGGGUCGUCAAGAUUUUAGACAGACCCAAGGAAUCCAAGAAAAUGGUGACUGAAAAGGUUUUCCGCGGUCAUAUGACCAAGUUGAUUGGUAACCGAACCUCCGUGGAAGUAGUCGAUUUGCUCUACAACGACUAUGCAAACGCCACCCAACGAGGAGGAAUAAUGCAAGAGCUCUAUGGCAAUGUGCAUGCGCUCAAGCUCGCGGAAAAUCAGGUGCAUACGCUGGAUGGUGCGUUGGCUCUGAACCCAGACAAGAAACGUGCUAUUCUCUCUCAUGUGAAUGAGCUAUUAGUGAGCAUGGUCUCAAAGGGGUUGACCAAAUACACGGUGGUGCAGCAUCUACUACUCGAGUAUCUUCAAACUGUUGCAAGAGACGGCAAGGAAUCGAGUGUUCCGUGUGCUGUUCCUGAAGAUUCGGACAGUUUUCCCCCCGAUGAAAAACUCUUAUCCUUGCUUGAACUGCUGGUCGAAGGCCAGGUCGUCCCAAUGUUGCACACUCGCGAAGGGGUUCGUGCUGCACUUCAUGCACUCUGGGCAGCGCCCCCUCGUCUCCGGAAACCUCUGGUUCGCGGAUUGAAGACGUGCGUUAGUUCAAUUGCCCGGAAUGAGCACGGUCACUUGUUCCUAAUCGGUUUAUUAGACAUGGUUGAUGACAUGGUUUUGUUGAAGAAACUGAUAAUCAAGGAAAUUCUUGAGGACCUCAAACUAUUUUGUAUCCAUCCAGAGGCUCGAAAGGUGCUUUUGUAUAUGCUGUCACCCCGUGACCCGCAUCAUUUCUCACCUCAGUUGCAACAUAGUCUGUUCAUUGCCGGUGACUCCAAUCCGCAUACCAAAAAACCGCUUGGUAUCCGUGCCCUCGAACUGCGUCAUCCGAACCUUAAAUUGCUUCCUCGGUUGCUCCAACUUAUUUCCACCAAUCUCUUGGAGUUGUUUGUCGGAAGCUCAUCUUCAGAAGGUUUGUUGGCCUACGAAGAUCGUGGGCGCCUUGUAUUGUUAACAGAGGUGUUAAUUCGAAGUGCUUCUCAUCAUCUGUCUUACAAAAACGUGGUCGCAUCCUACCAGCGCAGCACCGCCAGUGCUCCGAAUACAGAAGUAGCCGAUUCUUGUGCUUUGUCGGACCAAGACGUUGAACAACUAAGACAGUUGCGGCAAACCGCUUUGAAGCAGAUUGUGGAUUUGCUUCUGGUUCCUGGUUUUGUGCCUGUAGGUACACACAAAGAAGCGACAGAUACCAAGAGUAAUAUUGGUCGGGAUGACGAGCGGAUAAAGCGUCACAAACGAGCUGUAAAAUUGGCUGAGAAACAGCUUGGUCAAAUUACGAAACCUGACUUUGCCUCGUUUGAGGAUGGCGAACGAAUGGAAGAUGAUGAAUCCUUUGAGCCUACUCCCGCCGCCUGUACAAUGCCUUUCCUCGAACGCCCCGAAGGACAGCUACUUAUGCGUCGGUUACUAAAAGAUGGCCAACUACACAAAGAUUUUACAUUUGGUCGUAUGAUACUGGAGCAUGUGCCACCGUCCAAUUUGUGCGCAUGGACACGCUGCAAUAGGAGCUGCUUUGUUUUAGUAAAUAUGUAUGAAAUGGGCGAUCCAAAAAUGUGCAAACUACUUCGAUCGGCAUUGAAGCCUUGCAUACCGGAACUGUCUGUCUCUCCCUUGCCCGGAUCAAAAGUACUGUACAAACACCUUUCUUGCAGUGAUUAAAAAAUAAACCAGUCAAGACAAGCUGCUAUUAUUUGAAAUGAGCCAGAAUGGAAUGACAAGCAGUGGCAUGAUUUCGUUCGAUUGUUGUCCCGCAAUUGUCACCACCGAUAACUUUGUGGCACUUCUGCACAUGAAAUAGAA